CUAUUUCUAUGUUGGGCCGCCGCCACAAAGCCCAAAAGCCACGCACGCUACAAAAAGAAAAAAGACAUUCUCCAACAGCAUAUUCGACAGUGGUGUGUGGCGACUGGCGACGCUGCAUCAAUCCUCGUAUCGCCGUGGAAAUGGAGUCUGAUAGUGCACUGAUUUUUGGAGACAAACUCAUUCUGAGGGGAUUGACGUUUCAUGGUUUUCAUGGAGUGAAGCCUGAAGAAAGAACGCUGGGCCAGAAGUUUCUGGUUGAUAUUGAUGCUUGGAUGGAUCUCAAGGCUGCUUGCAACUCUGAUCACUUGUCUGAUACUCUUAGUUAUACUGAAAUCUAUGAUGUAGCUAAGGAAGUUCUUGAAGGGCCUCCUCAGAACCUUCUGGAGUCUGUGGCCCAAAAAAUUGCAAUAACUACUCUGACAAAUCAUUACCAGAUAUCUGCUGUUCGUGUGAAGCUUGGAAAGCCUCAUAUUUCAGUUCGGGGUCCAGUUGAUUACAUAGGCGUAGAGAUUCUUAGGCGCAGAAGUGAUUUGCCAGAGUAGAACUUUCAUAUUUACUACUGCUGGCUACUGCAGGUUUUUAUAUCUUCAGUUCUAUUUGAUACAAAUGUAACAACAUUAUUCUCUCUCACUACACUACCGGUCUAUUCUCUCUCUUAUCUUGCUUAUAAAAUUAAAAGAUGAAAGUUAGGCAUGCCAUAUAUAAACUUCACAACUAAUUUGCACUUUCCAAAACAAAA